CACGACACAGCUUUGGCGGCCCUCAAAGAUCUGACUUCUGCGAUCAAAAACUUCAUCGAAAGCAACGACGAUCUCAAGGAGAAAAAAAUAGUACUGUCCUCUUCGCAUCGCGAUAUUGGAGAAAUUCAUGCAAAAGCUAGAGAAACUGGAGAUUUACACUAUGUCGUAGACGAUUCGUUUGCCAGACUUUCCUCGGAAAAAUGCACAAAUGGAGUGGCUGCUUGUGCUCAUAGUGCUUUAUCCGCAUCGGAUGCAAGACAUCAGGCUGACUCGUUAAUACCAUACUGGCAAUUUUCAAAUGCUGACAACAGCCGACUUGCUUCUCGAUUCGACCCCGAUACGGCGAAUCUUCUAAAUUUCAUGCAGCUUACCCUACCCGGGGCACUGUCACUUUACUAUGGUCAAGAAUUGGGCCUAAAAGAUGUGGGAACACCUCCGAGCCCUCGCGGAAUCAUGCAAUGGACCCCAGCUGGCAAAGACCAUCAUGGUUUCCUUUCUUCCACAGAGGCCAACAUUGGAAAAUUAUUCUUUGCCGAGAGCGAGGACGAAAAAGACGAGGAUAAUUUUGAGACGCAAUAUGCUCAAGAGAAUUCAGCUUUGAAACUAUACCAAAAACUUGCAAAAAUGCGACAACGUGAUGACGCGCUCAUUCUUGGUGGGACCGUAAAAGAUGAAGUGGUUGAUGAUACGAUUGUCUAUUCGCGAUAUGUAAAAUCUGGCAAUGGAACCGCUACUGGAAAUGCCUACAUCGUAGCGCUAAACUUUGGCGCGAACGAAUCUGCGCUAGACUUCAAUCGCUUCAGUGGUACCGAAGUUAUUCCCACUAAUAAGGACCUGGCUAAAGCAGAGGUAGCUGCUGUCACUCCUGGCGUGGAG